CAUCACAUGACUCUUCUGCUAAUGCACGGAAGUAAAAUUAAUGUAAACGAACUGUAAGAUUAUGGAUAUAUUGUCAAUUUGAGUUUUGUUUAAACCAGGAGUUCAUCAUGGCAGAGGAAGACAAUGAGUCUGGUGAUUACACGCGGUUUGGUAUCCCGGACACACCCAGGUCCACUGUGACAACAGUCAUUGGAAAGACAAGAACGUGGGCAGGCUUACAGUGGAAAGAGAAACUGUUUUUGGUCUUCAGUCUGGUCAAUAUUCUCGCCGCCAUCGGCCUUACAACAUAUAGACUGGUAGAUGUUGCAAGGACAGACACCAACAACAAAGACUUCACUUUCACCAUCCUUAUCAUUGUCAAUGCAGUGUUUGUGGGUUUCUACACAUUCCAUGGGGUUCUUCGGGAGAGGAAAUAUGAACUCUAUGUGCAAGCCCUAGCUAUACUGUUGAUCCUGGUGUACUGCAUUGUGGAAUAUGUCGUCAACACGGAAAACAGGAAUACCGUCAAGCUGGUAAGGUUAAUAAUUGCGUGUGUGGCUGCACCUCCCAAUAUUGUGCUGGCCUUACUUGUUGCUCGAGACUUCGGAGAACUGGAAUUCAGGAUAGCAGGGGCUUCUGAAAACCUACAGAAAAUCUACAAGGAUGCUGCAAUUUUCUCCUGUUGGUUAAAGUUUGAUUUGCAAGUUACAAUUAGCCUGGUGAUAUUGGCAUUACAAGACGGUACUAGCAUUGGCAUGCUACAAAAAGUCACACUGGGUGUCGGCAUACCGUUUACGUUGUUCUGGGGCAUAUUUGGAUGGUUCAUGCUGCGGUUGGAGCUGAAGUGGGCAGUACCAAUCUUUGUUGUAUUGGGUCUCGGAAAACCAGCGUACUAUAUUUUCAAGUUUAUCACAGAGUAUGACAACAUUAAAGAAUCAUCAGAUUCAGCGUCAGUACUGACCUACUGUGUUCUCGUUUGUGGUGCCAUAGCAAGUCUUGUUUGGGUGUUCUUGAUGGUUGAGCUGUACAUCGUUGUCAGAAACUUUGGACAAGGUUUGAAAGAAAGAGGAAAGGUGACUCUACAGGGAUUCUCUAUCACAAGAAUUCUCGGAGUUCCCAACUAAAACUUACCAGGGGAGCAAAGAAAAAUUGACAAGAGUGAUUUAGCAUCAAAGAUACAUGUGUUGACUUGACACAAUCAUGUAAUGCUGAAACAGGAUUAGCUUUGCUAAUGUAGAUCAAAACUACGCAGUAUUAACUGCGACAACGGGCGGUAUCUUUGAAAAAGACUAUGUUUAUUGCUUUUUGUAUCAAACAUUGUAUGCAGCUUUUCGUAUGGUCUUUCAUUAAACUAUUUACACUCCUACUGCCUUUCCUAAGAUGAACUCAUAUCAUUUCAAUUGCAUUCAUAUUCAAUGAAUGCAAUAUCUUAGGAAAAUUCUUGUGAUUGGUCAAUCAUCAUUAUAUCUGGGUAAAAUGUAUGUGACAUUGAUGAAACAUUACUUAGUGACCUCAUUUGCUGGUGCGGCUGUUCAAAUAGCCAAAGCUUGACUACAUGUAAGUCAAUCAUCUCGGAAGCAUUAUUUUUAGCAUUGUAGUUCAAUAAUCCUAGAUAAUUUUGGCAAAUAAUGAGUGUAAAUGUAAACAUUAUUAUUCCUUUAAAGGGACAAGACGACAGAUAAUACCAUUGCAAGAAUAAAAGAUAAUUGUCAAAAACUUACAUAAAGUUGAUAUUGUUGUGUACAACGCACUGAAUUUUACUAACUGCAGUUUUUUGCGCUUUUUUCCAAUUCAAAAUUUACUAGUGUUGUCUACCAAGUAAAUCCCAGUAAGUCUAAAAUUAGUGUCAGUAUAUUUAUCUGUACUCAUAAACAGAUAUGAUUUUAAACUGGGAAACCAUUAUGCGCUAUUUUUAAACAGUGAAACUUAUAUUUUUAGAUGAGACAGCAACAUGAUUGUUGUGUUUAUUCCUUGAAUCAUGUAAGAUGAUCUAUUUUUGGCCUUCUACCCAGCACUAGCAAGCAUUAACAAUUCAAGGCUUGUUUUGAGGAAAUAUGGUAUUUGCUGACUUUUGGAACACCUGGUGUCUAGUCCCUUUAAUAUUUAUGAAUGGCGGCUCAUCUGUGUAGUGCACGGAUUAUCAUAAAGCCCUUUGGACCUCACUGUUCAUGCACAGAUGUAAUGAUUUCAUACCAUACAGCGAUGAUUCAAAAUACUAAAAAAUGUUAAUCCUAAGUUUAAAGCUGCACUCUCUCAGAUUCACCAUUUUGACAACUUUUUUUUUUUUUUUGUCUUGAAUUGAGCCAAAAUUUGAAAAUGUCUGAAAACUGGUGAUAUGAGACUGCGGAUGACAAAAUAUCAGAUCACAGUUUUUCAUGUAUAUUUACGUUCGAAAAUUGAUGUUUUGUGGCUAAAAGCGUUACUAUCACUUUCAGAAAAAUGAUUUUUUCAGCAAAAUUCCAAACAAUUUAGGCUUGUUCUAUUGUGAGUUGUCUUAUAUGACUGCAUUGAAAGCAAUGAUUCCAAAUCUGCUGAUUCUGAAACAAAAAAAGUUGUCAAAUCAGUCAAUCUGUGAGAGUGCAGCUUUAAACAUACUAACAAGUAAUAUGGCAUUUAUGUACAUCAUAUAACUUUGCCUAUAUCUCCAUGAAAUAUUUAUCAAGAGGUUGACAGUGACAUUUUUGUGUAAUUUUUGAGAUGUUAAAUUACUAUGUGAUAUAAACUCUGUGAUUUAACUUGAUAUUUUAAUUUGUAUAUAUUGUUUCUUUUAAACCAGUCUAAAAAACCAUGCUUAAUAGUUUAAGCCCCAGGCCCCAAUUUCCUGAAACUUAUUAAGUCUCUUAUGACAGGAUUAAGCUAAUCUCACUAUUUUUGUUUUUCUUUAAUUUGUGUUAUAUUUACUUCUUUAAAUAAUAAUAAUCAUUAUUGAUAUUUACAAUAACCGAUUUUUCAUUUAUCAAAAUCAAAUUAAAGUAUUUAUUUUGGCUUGAAAUAAGCUUCUUAAACUUGUUAACUUAAACAUGUUUUGAGAAAUUGGGGCCAGUCGACUCGGAUUCCAGUGAACAGCUCUUGUUUUACUGACCUUUCCAAGGCGGUAAUGCCCUCAUUUAACUGUCAAGCAAUUUUAAUGAUAGUGUUUGUGAUGUUUGUAUUCAUGUAUGUGGUUUUAAUAUGUUCAGACAUGUGAACCUCUGGCAAUGGCAGAGAGGUAGAUUUGGGUCUCCAAGUCUGUAGAUUGCGGUUCAAAAGCGGUAGAUUUUUAAAUCCCUUUUUUUGUUAAAAACAAAGAUGGAUACAUUGUAAACAAAAACUUGAUGGUUGUAACUAUUUUCAAAUUUACGGAUUAUUUUUUUCAAAAGCAGUAGUUUUCGUCGGGAGAGCGGUAGGGGGUCUCAAAAGUGGUAGAUUUUACCUUUUACCGGUAGAGUUCACAUGUAUGAAUAUGUUUGUAUAUGUUUAUAUUUCUAGUUCAUUGUUAUUUGGGCCCUUACCUCGUGCCCCUAAACAGGGUUUAUUCUUGAAUGUCUGACUACCAGGCUUGUCCCUGCAGUUUUCAUUGUAUUAUUGUUUUAGUAUAUUUUAGUAAUUGUAUUUAAUGCUGACAGUGCAAGGACCUUGAAGAUUUAACCAUUGUAAUAUAUAAAGUGUGUUUGUCAUUUUAUCGAGCGAUUGGGCGAUAUUUUUAAAUUUUGAUGGCUGCAUUGGUGAUCCCAUAUAAUUUCAAUAAAAUGUAAUUUUGUUAGUAUUUGUUAGGGUAUUGUCUAAAUUUACAACUUUGAUACAGUUAUUGCAGUUAGAUUUUUAUUCUUGACAAUUAUAUGACAAAUUUUGCAAUCUACAGAAAAAAUAAAAUUGUUUAUAAUAUGGACCGCGUCGCGCGAUUUUAGGCCUUCGAACAUUAUUAUUACAAAUGAAAUAAUCAUUGAUAAAAAAUGCCAAAAAUAAUUAUUUUUUCUAAGUAAAUCAAUUUCUUGCAGACUUCUUUCUUUUGCAUUAAUAGUCCGUGUUUAAAACGGCCAAAUGUUUUAAAAAUACAAAACUGAUUCAUUAUUUUUAUCUUAAUUUAUGUUCCUUAAAGAUUCUGUGAUAAGAAAUUAAUUAAAUUGUAAGCUAGAUGUCAUAUUUAUACGUUAAUUUUGCACGUCAUUCCAAUAAUAGGCUUUCGCAACGACGUCAUGUGAAUGACGUCACAUUUAGUAUUCAAAAUGCGGAAUACAUGGUCUCACUUGUAAACAUGUAUCUUACGCAAUUUAAGUGAUAUCAU